UUAGUGAUAAGAAACAUUAUAUAUACUUGGUGCAUAGACAGUUAAUGUUAUAGCGAAUUCCGCCUUCAAGAUGGUACGUGGAGUGAUAAUCUUCAGUCUGUUCGUUUGUGGUUUCUCACUUCCCACCAGAAGGGAAGGAUUUUCCAUAUUUGAGGUGCCUGAGCAAAUAAAAUCCCAUGGAUAUCAAGCAGAAAGGCACCACGUGACCACACAGGACGGGUACAUUCUGGAGGUUCACAGGAUCCCAUUUGGCCGGCACCAGUCCAGCUCUGACGUGAGGAGGCCAGCGGUGUUCCUUAUGCAUGGGCUGUUCUCAGCUUCUAAUGCUUACAUCGCUUUGGGCCCCGAGUUCAGUAUCUCUUACAAUCUGGCCGAUGCCGGUUUCGACGUCUGGAUGGGGAAUGCUCGCGGCAACAGACUAUCUAGAAACCACGUGUCCCUGAACCCUGAUUCUGACAAGUUUGACUUCUUCGACUUCACUUGGGAACAAAUAGGCAUGCUCGACGUCGCUGCGAUGAUCGAUUAUGUUCUAGAAGUCACUGGUGAAGAGAAACUGCAUUAUGUAGGACAUUCUCAGGGGGGCACAGCGUUCCUGGUCCUGAAUUCGAUGCGCCCGGAGUAUAAUGAGAAGUUCACAUCUGUUCAUCUUUUGGCGGGUGUCGGGUAUAUGAACCAUUUCCCUAAUGCGCAGCUACGUACGACUGCGUUGAUGACUGAUAUUAUUUAUAAAACGGCUCUGGCCACGGGUUUCGUUGAAGUGUUCCCACCUGGCUUCGAAGCCAGCCUACCCUGGGGCAGAACCACUCUGGCAGAUCGUUGUACCGGAAGAAUCGACACACAGCACAUGUGCGAAGUUACGGGCGUUCAACAUUUACUGAGAGAAGUACCGGAUGAAGGUUCAUCUAAUCUGGAAAUCUUCGCCGAAGAUGCUCUUGGUGGCGGUGCUCUGAAGCAAAUAGCUCAUUACGGCCAAAACAUAAGGGACAGAACAUUCAGAAGGUGGAACUACGGCAUUCUUGAGAACAGAAGGGUAUAUGGAACCCUCACUCCUCCUGCUUAUGACCUAAGUCUAAUCACAGCUGAUGUCACUAUGCAUUACACUGUAAGCGAUAAUUUGUUAGAUGAAAGAGACGUUUUAGCCAUGGCCGCUGAUAUGCCGAACACAGUCGUCAGGAAAGUAGCCAGAGAAUCAUUCUUGCACGAAGACUUUGCCGUGGCACAAGAUGUUAAAGAAUUGGUGACAGAUUUCAUGAUUGAAUCAAUGUUGAAAUUGGAAAAAUUGUAAAUUUCAAUUAAAAGCCCAAUCGGAACAUUUAGAAUUUAGCAAAACUAUGGACAAAAGGAUGAAGGUUUGGGAGAUAUAUCUAAAUUUAUAAUUUAUUUAACCUUAUGUAUAACAUGGUACUUGGUUUAAAAUAAUUUUAUCUUGUGUAUGUAAUUUCCCAAAUUAAUAAAAAAUCUUGCACAAUGAAGACUGAUCACUCAUUUCUACUUUAAAAACUCGCAAAUGAAAUGAUCGAUAGUAUGUAAGUUUAUUGAUAAAUAAAUGGGUCAGCUGGUACUGAUUACAAACUA